AUGCCUCCAGGCAGUUUUCUCAGUUAUGCUUUGUUCUUGAGCACCAUGUGGCCUGUGAUGAUGGCUCAAGGAACUAUCCCUUACUUUCCGACACAUGUUUUUGCUCCGGCACAGGGGUCGAAUGACAGCGACCUUGUCUAUGUCCUACAACCCACGAGCGAUCAGAAAGCAGUUCAGCUUCUGUCUCUCAACUUGACAACUAUCAAUUCUGCCAGUCCUCAGUACACGGUUCUUUACGAUGACGUCUAUUUUGCUUCAGAUAGCGAGGCAUAUGUCCCUAUGCUUAACUCAAAUGGAUCCAUAACGGUAUUUACAGGCAAUUGCCACGCAUCACAAUAUGCCGUACCACGAUUAUGGUCUUUUCAACCAGCCCACAACAGUUCCACAGGUAACGGAACAUGGUCAUCAGUGGAAGUAAAUGGUGCAAGUACGAAUCUCACGGGUCCUGGAUAUCUCGCGGGCGGGUUUGCGUUCAAUUCAUCAAAUGAUACAUCCCCUGAAUAUUAUACCUUUGGGGGAAUGUGUCCGUUUUCCAGCGAGAAUCAGCCGGACUGGACGUCAAAUGCGAAUUAUUCCAAUAUAAUGACUGCCUUGACUGUACCGAAUACCUCCUCAAAUUUCAACUACAUCGUGCAACAGACUGAAUCCUCAAAUUCGCCCAUUGCAGAAGCCGGGUAUACCGUUACACCCCUUCAAAAGACAAGUUCGACUACUUCAGGAGGUAGAAUUGUGCAACAAGAAAGUUUCCUUUUCAUUGGCGGUCACACAGAGACAGCCUUUUUGAACAUGUCUACUUUAGCUCUAUUCUCUCUUCCUCAGGCUAGUUGGUCCUAUAUCUCUAUAGGCGCCAAUCUCGGCUCUGGCAGAACCGAUCUUGUAUUUCGGGAUACAGCUCAGAUUGAGCCUAGAUCCGGCCAUAGCGCGGUCAUGUCUUCAGAUGGAAGCAAGAUUAUCGUCUUUGGCGGAUGGGUGGGUGACACCAGUACACCAGCUGAUCCGCAGCUCGCCAUUCUUGAAGUUAGCGAGGAUUAUGGUGGUUCAGGCGAAUGGACAUGGUCGACCCCAGUGCCCACUGGUUCAGGACCUGGAUCUGGAUCUGGUAUGUUCGGGCAUGCAACGACGAUGCUUCCUGGAGAUGUUAUGAUGAUUUUGGGGGGGUAUAUCAUACCAGCGUCAAGCACGUCAAAACGAUCGUCUUCAGCAGGACUCGAGUCCAGUUCGCAGAUUUACCUGUACAAUCUGACUUCGAAUUCAUGGAUGCCAUCGUACACGGCGCCAGUCCCUUCGAACACGGAUAAAAGCUCUCAUGGCGGCGCACUUUCAUCCUCCGGAGAGAAAGCAGGACUUGGUAUAGGUGUAUCCGUCGCAGUACUCGCACUUAUUUGCCUUGGAUACAUCUAUUGGUCCAGAAAACGAUGGAGUCAUCGUCGACGAAGGGACCAGGAACUUCGAAAACUGGCCCUCGGAGCAGAACGUUCAAAUAUAUGGGGCGAACCCGGAGUGGAGUCAAGUUAUCGAAGUCCCAGCGACUCUGCGCUACGAAAUUCGAUUCUGGAGAACGUUUACUUUUCUGGGCCAAGUCAUCAAUAUAGUGCUGUGCCAGCCCCAGAUGGCAAUACGACAGAAGCGGAAAGAAAUGGCUUGCUACACGAUGUACCUAGUCCAUCGAGGGGUCUUCGGAGAAGUCUAUCUGGUCGACCGCAGCGGGUACAAUCAGCGGGUAGGUAUGAGGAUAGUAGAACGGGGUAUGGAGCUGGAACGAUUCAUCCGAUUGAUGAACGUGAGGAGUUUGAGACACCGCCUGAGGAAGUUUUUGACAGAAGGCCAGAAAGUGGGAGUUCGGAGAGUGCCAAUAAUCGAAUGUCUGAUCCUUUUAUUGAUCCACCGUCGCCUACUCGUGCAUAUUUAGUUGCGUUCCAUGAGAACUCACUUCGGCCGCAGGAGGCUGAUGGUGCGUCUGUACAUUCGCGCAAGUCGUCGCCUGAUAAGACCGAGAGAACGCAUUCCGAUUUAUCAGAAUCAUCUAGAUCCGGGAUAUCAGAAUUGUCUAUUCAGAGAUCGAACUUUGGAUCCCAACGAAGAUCGAUUCACCUGUUCCAGCCGCCUAUUCCAACACUGGAACCCUCGAACUCAAACCAUGACGAUAGUGGCAGCGGCCGCUCUUCCCCAGAAAAGCCGUCCUUGCAUACAGGGCGUUCAGCCAAUGAAAGUACUGGUAUGAGAUGGCCCUUUGAGCGCUCAGGCACAGUAGACUCAUUAUCUACAUCAGCCAGUCAUCACCGACGAAGUCCCCUAGAAGGAGACACCUUACUCGGAUCGGCACCUGAAUGGUCAACACCACCGGAAUCCCCAUCACGACUCUCCGACCGUGAAAACAGAUCCAACAACAGCAAUAACAAUAAUUCCCUAACAUGGAUGGGAAGUAUCCGCAAAACCCUUUCGAAUGCGCGCAAAGUCGUCCUAUCAGGUUACGGCAACAGCUCUCUUGCAGAGGAGCACCAAGCGUCACCGGCAAUGUUUGAAAUCACUUCACCUGUCGAUUUUGACGAUGACGAUAACCUCUCCCUGCAGAUAUCGAGACGAGCAUCCAGCGCGUCGGUGGUAGCGCACCAUCAACGACGACAACAAGGUCCGCGCGAUUGGGCUGUUGAAGGCUCCUCUCGACAUAGCGGGAUAUCACAAUCAACAUCCUCACCGCGUCGAACUCAUCACACGACCGAUGCUGACGAUAAUGAUCAUGAAAACGGUCAUCUUACCGUCCCUCCUGGUCCAGAUGACGACCAUCACAGUGGUGGUGGUGGUGGUAGUAGUAUCCACACCGACGAGGAUGACUGGGACGUCGAACUCGCUGCUGAAGGCAGACUUGUGCAGAUUACAUAUACGAUUCCAAAGGAGAGAUUGAGGGUUGUUAAUGCUGGGGCUGGGGAUAGGGUUAUUGGGGAUGAUGUUUCGGAUGUGGUUUCUAGAACGUCUGAGGAAGAGAGAUGAGUUUUUUUCCUCUUCCUUUUUGCUGGUCUGUGACUAUUGAUUGGCAACAUGAAUAUGAGUGAUGAACGAUGAACAGAACGAACGACUGAUGGAUAUAUGUAUGGAGGGCUUUUGGGUAUAUGGAGACAAAAUCGACUGCCGACUCUGGCUCGAUCUCCGCUGGCGUUCAUGAUAUUUUUUUGGGGGUUUUCUGUUUCACUGUAUAUAUUCUUUUCUUUUUGUCGCACUUCGUGAAGCUGAUUCCUUCAACCCUUUGGUUUCUCUUAUGGAAACCUUGAAAGCAGAGAUGUUUUGUUAGCGGAUAUAUUCUUGUUUCUGAUUACCUUCGUUUCUACAUGAUGUCUUUGUAACUAGUAAAUUGGGUCAGAAA